AUUCAGCAUUUACGACAAUUUGCGACAGUGGCGUGCACGAAUACGACGUUGUUGGAGUAAAGUGCGUCUCUUCAGGGCAGAUACCGGCUGAGAAGCGCAGCAACAAGAGAAAGGAAUAUUUUUCGCAUUCAUUUCUUAGCAGGAUUAGCUGAACGCCUCACUCAACACUAAAAUUCUUUGGAAAGCUCCAUGUAAUAACGGGGUCGAAGAAAGGAAGGCACUGGGGAAGGCGACGAGCCGUAAUACCAAGCCGAGCUCGUUGGAGGAGUAGCCUAGUUGCAUCCUAAGCGACACAGCUCAGAUUUAACUUAUAUAGUGGUAAAAAUGGACUAUGAUUUCAAAGUAAAACUUACCGGCGAAAGAGAACGAGUCGAAGACCUGUUUGAGUACGAAGGAUGCAAAGUGGGAAGGGGCACCUACGGACAUGUUUACAAGGCAAAAAGAAAGGAUGGGAAGGAUGAUAAAGACUACGCCCUCAAACAGAUUGAAGGCACUGGAAUCUCCAUGUCUGCCUGUAGAGAGAUUGCUCUUCUGCGAGAGCUAAAACACCCCAAUGUCAUCUCACUGCAGAAGGUCUUUUUGUCACAUGCAGACCGCAAAGUAUGGCUGCUUUUUGACUACGCUGAACAUGAUCUUUGGCACAUAAUUAAGUUCCAUAGAGCAUCCAAGGCUAACAAAAAACCUCUUCAGCUUCCGAGAGGAAUGGUCAAGUCUUUGCUUUACCAGAUCUUGGAUGGCAUCCAUUACCUCCACGCCAACUGGGUCCUUCAUCGAGAUCUUAAACCAGCCAAUAUUUUAGUGAUGGGAGAGGGACCAGAAAGGGGUAGAGUAAAAAUUGCGGACAUGGGUUUUGCCCGUCUCUUCAACUCACCGUUAAAGCCUUUAGCUGAUCUUGACCCUGUCGUGGUUACGUUUUGGUACAGGGCACCAGAACUACUCCUGGGAGCUCGGCACUACACAAAAGCCAUUGACAUCUGGGCGAUUGGUUGUAUUUUUGCUGAAUUACUGACAUCUGAGCCUAUAUUCCACUGUCGCCAAGAGGACAUUAAAACCAGUAACCCUUACCACCAUGACCAGCUGGACCGUAUCUUUAAUGUAAUGGGCUUUCCUGCUGAUAAAGAUUGGGAGGACAUCAAAAAGAUGCCAGAGCACUCAACUUUGAUGAAAGACUUCAGAAGAAAUACAUACACAAAUUGCAGCCUUAUAAAGUACAUGGAAAAACACAAAGUCAAACCAGACAGCAAAGCAUUCCAUUUGCUACAGAAAUUGUUAACCAUGGAUCCCAUUCGUCGAAUCACAUCCGAACUGGCCAUGCAGGACCCCUAUUUUUUAGAAGAGCCGUUGCCAACAUCGGAUGUGUUUGCGGGUUGCCAGAUUCCCUAUCCCAAAAGGGAAUUCCUAACAGAGGAGGAGCCAGAGGACAAGGCAGACAAGAAAAACCAGCAACAACAGGGAAAUAACCACACUAACGGAGCUGGACACACUGGCAACCCUGAUAACAGCCACACACAAGGGCCACCACUGAAGAAAGUGCGAGUUGUUCCGCCCACCACUACCUCAGGGGGCCUCAUCAUGACCUCAGACUACCAGCGCUCCAAUCCACAUGCUGCCUACCAGAACCCUGGACCAAGCACAUCACUGCCCCAAAGCAGCAUGGGAUACUCCUCUACCUCCCAACAGCCUCCCCAGUACUCUCACCAGAGCCACCGCUAUUGAGACGUAUAGACUCAAGUCGUACACAAGCACUCAUUCAGCAUCGCCCUCAACAUUCCCACCUGAGAGAAUGUACUUAAGGGAUGUGGGGGGCUUCCUUGCUGUUCCCACAACAAAGAGUACCUGGCAGUUUGCUUGGCCGAAAUGUUUCUAAAAUGCCAUUCCCCAGCAUUACAAGUAUAGAGCACCUAUUUGGUAACAUUUUGCAUCCUUGCAUCUCAAAGUCAAACAGGGAGCUGAAAUAUAAUUCUUUCUAGAGCCAGUACAGAAUGGCUAGGUUUAAAACAAAUUUACAUUCUCCACUUCCCUCUUCAGUAUUACCUUCUUCUCCAGCCAGUUAUCUUGUCCAGGUUUGGCCCAGUGUCAAGGCUGCUAUGUGACUGCCAGCGCUGACAGAGAUGCUAUUUUGUUUGUGUUUUUUAAGUGUAUAGACUGUUGAGCACAGCCGCUCCAAUCUGACCCAGGCUGCUGUGAAGCAUGUUUGGAGGAUGUGUACUGCCUGCAGCUGUAGAGUGGAGGGCCCAAAGAAAAGAAUUGGAAAAAGUGUGAAAGUGAAAGAUUUUAAGUUUUAAUUUAAUCUGAUUUCAUUACUUUGUUUAAUGACAAGUGUAGCCAAGCAGUGAAGACUUUUGCUGCUAUGGGUAAGCCUUACAAACCAACACAAAUCGCUUGGAGAUGGCAGAUCAUGGAACAUACAUUGUACUGUAUUGUAUUGAAAUAUUUUACAUGAAGCAACUAUCAAGACAAUAAAAGUGGAAACACCAUA